GACUUGGUCCAAGACCCCUCCUGUAGAGGGACACCAAUAUGCACUAUGAAGUGGCAGAUUAUUCCAAGUCCAGCAGCGGUGCAGCGUUCUUUGAAGUCCUCGACAAGUGCCAAGUCUUGCCUAUGAAGGAGCUGCCUCCGGUGACUUGUUCUAACAGUGGCCGAGCAUUUGUGAAUUCCCAGAUGUCCUUUAAAAUAACUGUCAGCAAUGGCAGCGACCAUGUUGACGCGCAGCACAGCCCACCUGAGCUGCCGAUGCCUCUGCUAGAUCUCCUUCCCAAAAGACCCAGCAUAUUUGACAGACUGCCUCUUCUCCAGAGGACUCAGGAGACACGGUGCCCUAAAAGCGGCCGAGAAUAUUUCCAGCAGAAGGUGAAUGGUGGCUACAAUCACUGUAAUUCAAUAUCUGAGAAGAAUAACGUGAUGGACAUGGAAAUGACAAAUAGCAUGGGGCCUGUACGUAGACAGAACUUGCUUAGACACUCAGGAAACUCGCUUACUCGAGACCACCCGUUGCCUUGUGAACGACUUCUACAUGUCAGUCAGCUGAACUUAUCUCGCUCGGAUACAAGGCCUCCCCCAUUUCAGGAUCCAAGAGAUUCUACCAAUCCUUGCGUAAAUGGAAGCCACACUACUCCGCAUAUAAAACAGGAGUGUCCGAGUGAUUUUAAGGGCCUUUCUGAGGCUUCCACGCACAGUGGGAUUACCGACGGAAUGGAACUGAGAGGCUUGGGCAGCUUUCAUCCUGAAAUAGAGCUAAUGAACAAUGGCUUUACAAAUUCACUUUCAUCAUACUUGUUUAAUAAUGAACACAGCUCCUCCCUGGGAUCAUUGUCACUCAGCAGCCCUCAGAACUCCAGCCGGCACCAGGCAAGCAACCUGAAGAAACGUUGCCUCUCCAUGCUGCCGUCUUCUGCCGAUGGGAUUGACAUUACAACUAUCAUCCGUACCUCACAGACGUCACUGGUCACCUGCGUGAAUGGACUGCGGACUAAUUCAGCUGGCAUUUCCUCUUCUCCUGGGGAGAUCACUCUCCACAGUGCUCAGAAAUCGUCUCGGCCCCAGUCUUGCUCCCAGCCUGGGACCCACUGCCAUCGUCCCUCCCCGUCAGUAUGCCUUUUACCUGUUUCCAGUGAAUGUGUCCGACGGGACUGUGAUCACUCCCAAAUGCAGCAAGUGGAAGAAAAUGCAAGCCUUUGCCUUAUAAUGAACGGCACUAGUGUUCCUCAUCAAGAGGCUUCCCAUAGCAGCCAGAAGUUGUGUUUUUUAAAACAAGAGCCACUUGACGAAUAUCCAUCUGCAACGGAUCUUUUUCAGCAUCAUCAAGAGCUGCCACCACCUUAUCAUUUACACCAACAGCGAAGCCAGGCACAAGGGACACUGUCUCAUUUACACGCCUCCAUGUCUCCAAAGUCUCUUCAAAUGAGUGAGGGUGAUGAGCAGGAAUCCAGCAAUGGCAAGCAGGCCUGUCGGUGGAUUGACUGUAGUGCUGCUUACGAUCAACAAGAUGAGCUGGUUCGGCACAUAGAAAAGACACACAUUGAUCAGCGGAAAGGAGAGGACUUCACUUGCUUCUGGGCAGGCUGUGUCCGUCGGUAUAAGCCUUUCAAUGCUCGUUACAAACUGCUGAUUCAUAUGAGGGUUCAUUCCGGCGAAAAACCAAACAAGUGUAUGUUUGAAGGGUGCAACAAAGCAUUUUCUCGACUUGAAAACCUUAAGAUCCACCUGCGGAGUCACACGGGUGAGAAACCUUAUCUUUGUCAGCAUCCUGGCUGCCAGAAAGCUUUCAGCAACUCUAGUGACCGAGCUAAGCAUCAGCGAACACACCUGGAUACCAAACCAUAUGCCUGUCAGAUUCCUGGGUGCUCCAAGCGCUACACUGACCCAAGUUCCCUUCGAAAACAUGUGAAAGCUCAUUCUGCCAAAGAACAACAGGUGCGAAAGAAGCUCCACUCAUGCUCUGAUGUUGAACAAGACAUACUAAGCGAGUGCUUAGCCAUGCAGCAGCUCCACCCUUCCUCACAGCACAUCCUGGAUGGGAAAUGUGGGCGAUCAAUGGGCCACCGUGACCUAAUACCAGGCAUCUACACUGGUUCCAGCACUAACCAUAAUGGACCAUCUCCCAGCCUCUUGCCAUCAUCUCACGAUCUACCUUCAAGGCAACACACACUUGAGUCAGCCCUCAUCAGUACACACCAUCAUGUAUCACCUAUAGAAAGCUCUAGAGAAGGGAUUGGUCGAAAUGUUCAUCCAUCUCUUAUUAGUCCACUGAAAACAGUAGUUGCUCCCUCCCUACUUCAGAAACACAGCUCUCCAUCAUCACACAGCCAAUCUCCAAAUGGACAACAGUUUUCGGCAAAUAAACCAUACACGCAGUUUCAAAACCAAUCUACACAGCAGGGACCACAAGGUUAUCAAGGCAGCUUUCACUCUAUACAGAACUGUUUCCACUAUGGAGACUGCUACAGGGCAAUGGAUUCAUCUGUCAACAGUGAUGGACUUUCAGGGGAAUCCCAUUGCUUCAGCCCUCUGCGGCAAAAUGGCUAUCAUAUCCUCAGUGCAUCUGAAGCCUCGACAGGCUAUGAAGUUAUAUCUGAAGCACAAUGUGUAUCGGAAGAAGUCGUCAUCAACGGGGCAGAGGAGAAUAAUGGAUUCUUCCAAAAUGGCACCUUUGAUCACUGUUUUAAUCACAUCCCUCCCAUCUAUACAGAUACCUAAACCAGGCUUGAAUCUUGUUUUUCUUUACCAUGCUUGUAAUGCCUUUUGUAUUUACAGAAUUGUUGUCCAACUAUUUUUACUGUAUUUAGUCUGCGGCAUUGUAUGUGCUCAUUUAAGUCAACCCUUCACAUUUACCAACCCAUUUUUAUAAAGGAAUAUACUGUAUAAUUAUUGGAACCUAUUCUUUUGCUGUGGCACUUUGAAAAUGAUUCUCUUAAGGGAAAAGGAAGAGCAUCUGAAACUGCUUGG